AUGCCCCCCCUGCAGAGGGCAAAUUCAUGCACGGACAUCGGGUUCACUCUCCGGCGGCAGUUCCACAAGGACGACUUCAGGCCCCAUCAGCGCGAAAUCAUCGAGGCAGCACUCAGCGGCCACGAUGUCUAUGUUCAAGCAGCAACGUCCUUUGGCAAGAGUCUGUGCUUCCAGCUCCCCGCCGUGAUCGACCAAGGCAUUACGAUUGUUGUUUCCCCUCUAUUAAGUUUGAUGAUUAACCAAGUAGAGGCCCUGAGAGCUGAAGGUAUCGACGCCAGCUCUCUGAACAGCAACACGCCGCGCGAGGAGAGAGAUCGCAUACAGCGUGAUCUGGAAACCGGUCACCCGAAAACCAGGCUUCUCUAUGUGACUCCAGAGCUCUGUUCUGGCUCGCGCUUCCGUACCACCUUACAGCUUGUCUAUAGGCAGAAAGAGCUUGCUCGCAUUGCAAUUGAUGAAGCUCACUGCAUAUCAGAAUGGGGCCAUGAUUUCCGAAAAGAUUUCAAGCGGCUGUCCUGGUUUCGGGAGACAUUUCCUGAUGUACCCAUCAUGUGCCUUACAGCGACAGCAAACGCCCGAGUGCGUCAGGAUAUUCUCAAGGUUCUGCGUCUCGAUGCUACACCAGAGAAGGUAAAGACGUUUCUGAUGAGUCCAGAGCGAGGCAAUCUCCAUUUAGAAAUAAGAUAUACAAAGGACGAAGACGACAACCGUCUCUCAGACUUCCUGACAUGGAUACAAGGGGUAUAUGAUCGUAGACGCGCUGAACCGCGGCAGAGUGAGCUUGCCAAAAUGCGUGAAAGGACCAAAAACGUUUCGGGCAUCAUAUAUACAACAUCUCGUGGCGAGUGCGAGUCCCUCGCAGCCAGUCUCCGAGACGCCGGAAUUGGGGCUCGGCCUUUUCAUGCUAAAUUGCCCAGCGAGGUUAAAGAAGACACUUUGGCCAACUGGAUCAACAAUGAGCGAGGCUACGAUAUCAUUGUGGCCACAACGGCAUUUGGCAUGGGCAUCGACAAAGAUAAUGUGCGCUUCGUUGUGCACUGGCGGCUUCCCAAGUCUUUUGAGGGGUAUUAUCAGGAAGUCGGACGAGCAGGGCGUGAUGGCAAUGCCGGCUAUUGUUUCCUAUACUACAGCCGGGAGGAUCUCGAACGAGCCAGUCGGAUGAUAAAGAGCGACGCUCAGGUCGAUGCAAAUUACCAGGCGCGGUUAAGGAGCCUCCAGGCGUUGGCACAAUACUGCGAAAACAUAUCCGCAUGCCGACAUGCCUCUAUAUGCAAAUAUUUUGGGGAGGAAACGAUUCCAGAGUGCGACUUUGCAUGUGAUUUCCAUAAGGAUUCUGACGACCUUGAAGAGAGAUUUUUGAGGGGACUGGCCAGUGAAGAAUGGGUGAGCACGCAGGCGAUGCAAGGUACAUACGAUAAUUACGGUGAUCUGUGA